CUCAUUAAGAUCCUAUGGAGAAAGAACCCAAGUAUGAAGUAGGUCAAACUGUCUCCCUGGUCAUGCCCUUCAGGCACUGCUGACUAGUUUCUAGCUCAGCGGAGGUAGACCAGGUGUGGAUGGAUUCCUCCACUGCAGAGCUCCUCAGUUUGGGCUCAAACCCAAGGAGAAGGUGUCUGUGUGGAGCCUAUAACCAGGAGUCUCAGAUGUCCUGUAAAAUGCCCUCAGUUUCUUCAGAUUGGGAUUUUUCCUCAUGAAAAGCUUGAUAUCCCAGACACCUGACACUGGUUGGAAAGGAGAGUCAUAAAGGCAAUCGCAGGAAGUGAGAGUCUCCAAGUCUCUGGAGGUGGUUAACAACCCAAAGUAUCACACAAAGGAAGAUGAUCCAUAUGACCUUGAAGACCUUUGCGCAGAAAUGAGGGAAAUACAAAGAACCAAAUACAAUUCUGAAAUUUGGGACCUGUAUUUUGAGAUGAUAUUUUCAGAAUGAGAAGUAUACAUGGUUACCUUUAUGAAUGUAGAGACAUGAGAAAACGGUUAUGAUGGCAAAAAACAAAGAGCCUCGUCCCCCAUCCUAUACUAUCAGUGUAGUUGGACUCUCUGGGACUGAAAAAGACAAAGGUAACUGUGGAGUUGGAAAGUCUUGUUUGUGCAAUAGAUUUGUACGCUCAAAAGCAGAUGAAUAUUAUCCAGAGCAUACUUCUGUGCUUAGCACCAUUGACUUUGGAGGACGAGUAGUAAACAAUGAUCACUUUUUAUACUGGGGUGACAUAACACAAAAUGGUGAAGAUGGAGUAGAAUGCAAAAUUCAUGUCAUUGAACAAACAGAGUUCAUUGAUGACCAGACUUUCUUGCCUCAUCGGAGUACGAAUUUGCAACCAUAUAUAAAACGUGCAGCUGCCUCUAAAUUGCAGUCAGCGGAAAAACUAAUGUACAUUUGCACUGAUCAACUAGGCUUAGAGCAAGACUUUGAGCAGAAGCAGAUGCCUGAAGGGAAGCUCAAUGUAGAUGGAUUUUUAUUGUGCAUUGAUGUAAGUCAGGGAUGCAAUAGGAAAUUUGAUGAUCAACUUAAAUUUGUGAACAACCUUUUUAUCCAGCUGUCAAAAUCAAAAAAACCUGUAAUAAUAGCAGCAACUAAAUGUGAUGAAUGCGUGGAUCAUUAUCUUAGAGAAGUUCAGGCAUUUGCUUCAAACAAAAAGAACCUUCUUGUAGUAGAAACAUCAGCACGAUUUAAUGUCAACAUUGAGACAUGUUUCACUGCACUAGUACAAAUGUUGGAUAAAACUCGUGGCAAGCCUAAAAUUAUUCCCUAUCUGGAUGCUUAUAAAACACAGAGACAACUUGUUGUCACAGCAACAGAUAAGUUUGAAAAACUUGUGCAGACUGUGAGAGAUUAUCAUGCAACUUGGAAAACUGUUAGUAACAAAUUAAAAAAUCAUCCUGAUUAUGAAGAAUACAUCAACUUAGAGGGAACAAGAAAGGCCAGAAAUACAUUCUCAAAACACAUAGAACAACUUAAACAGGAACAUAUAAGAAAAAGGAGAGAAGAAUAUAUAAGUACCUUACCAAGAGCUUUUAACACUCUUUUGCCAAAUCUAGAAGAGAUUGAACAUAUGAACUGGUCAGAAGCUUUGAAGUUAAUGGAGAAGAGAGCAGAUUUCCAGUUAUGUUUUGUGGUGCUAGAAAAAACACCUUGGGAUGAAACUGACCAUAUAGACAAAAUUAAUGAUAGACGAAUCCCAUUUGACCUCCUAGGCACUUUAGAAGCUGAAAAAGUCUACCAGAACCAUGUACAGCAUCUAAUAUCAGAGAAAAGGAGAGUAGAAAUGAAGGAAAAAUUCAAAAAGACUUUGGAAAAAAUUCAUUUCAUUUCACCUGGACAGCCAUGGGAGGAAGUUAUGUGCUUUGUUAUGGAGGAUGAAGCCUUCAAAUAUAUCACUGAGACUGAUAGUAAGGAGGUAUAUGGUAGGCAUCAGCGAGAGAUAGUUGAAAAAGCCAAAGAAGAGUUUCAGGAAAUGCUUUUUGAGCAUUCUGAACUUUUUUAUGAUUUAGAUCUUAACGCAACACCAAGUUCAGAUAAAAUGAGCGAAAUUCAUACAGUUCUGAGUGAAGAACCUAGAUAUAAAGCUUUACAGAAACUUGCACCUGAUAGGGAAUCUCUUCUACUUAAGCAUAUCGGAUUUGUUUAUCAUCCCACUAAAGAAACAUGCCUUAGUGGCCAAAAUUGUACAGACAUUAAAGUGGAACAGUUACUUGCUAGUAGUCUUUUGCAGUUGGAUCAUGGCCGCUCACGGUUAUAUCAUGAUAGUACCAAUAUAGAUAAAGUUAACCUUUUCAUUUUAGGGAAAGAUGGACUUGCCCAAGAACUAGCAAAUGAGAUAAGGACACAGUCCACUGAUGAUGAGUAUGCCUUAGAUGGAAAAAUUUAUGAACUUGAUCUUCGGCCAGUUGAUGCCAAAUCGCCUUACAUUUUGAGUCAAUUAUGGACUGCUGCCUUUAAACCACAUGGGUGCUUCUGUGUAUUUAAUUCCAUUGAGUCACUGAGUUUUAUUGGGGAAUUUAUUGGAAAAAUAAGAACUGAAGCUUCCCAGAUCAGAAAAGAUAAGUAUAUGGCUAAUCUUCCAUUUACAUUAAUUCUGGCUAAUCAGAGAGAUUCCAUUAGCAAGAACCUUCCCAUUCUCAGGCACCAAGGGCAGCAAUUGGCAAACAAGUUACAGUGUCCUUUUGUAGAUGUGCCUGCAGGUACAUAUCCUCGUAAAUUUAAUGAAACCCAAAUAAAGCAAGCUCUAAGAGGAGUACUGGAAUCAGUUAAACACAAUUUAGAUGUGGUGAGCCCAGUUCCCACCAAUAAGGAUGUAUCAGAAGCUGACUUGAGAAUUGUCAUGUGUGCCAUGUGUGGUGAUCCAUUUAGUGUGGAUCUUAUUCUUUCACCAUUCCUUGAUUCUCAUUCUUGCAGUGCUGCUCAAGCUGGACAAAAUAAUUCCUUAAUGCUUGAUAAAAUUAUCGGUGAAAAAAGGAGGCGAAUACAGAUCACAAUAUUGUCAUAUCACUCUUCAAUUGGAGUAAGGAAGGAUGAACUGGUUCAUGGGUAUAUAUUAGUUUACUCCGCUAAACGGAAAGCAUCAAUGGGAAUGCUUCGAGCAUUUCUAUCAGAAGUUCAAGAUACCAUUCCUGUACAACUGGUGGCAGUUACUGACAGCCAAGCAGAUUUUUUUGAAAAUGAGGCUAUCAAGGAGUUAAUGACUGAAGGAGAACACAUUGCAACUGAGAUCACUGCUAAAUUUACAGCAUUGUAUUCUUUAUCUCAGUAUCAUCGGCAAACUGAGGUCUUUACUCUGUUUUUUAGUGAUGUUCUAGAGAAAAAAAAUAUGAUAGAAAAUUCUUACUUGUCUGAUAAUACAAGGGAGUCAACACAUCAAAGUGAAGAUGUUUUUCUACCAUCUCCCAGAGAUUGUUUUCCUUAUAACAACUACCCUGAUUCAGAUGAUGAUACAGAAGCACCACCUCCUUAUAGUCCAAUUGGGGAUGAUGUACAGUUGCUUCCAACACCUAGUGACCGUUCCAGAUACAGGUUAGAUUUGGAAGGAAAUGAAUACCCUGUUCAUAGCACUCCAAACUGUCAUGAUCAUGAACGCAACCAUAAAGUGCCUCCACCUAUUAAACCUAAACCAGUUGUACCUAAGACAAAUGUGAAAAAAUUGGAUCCAAAUCUCUUAAAAACAAUUGAAGCUGGUAUUGGUAAAAAUCCAAGAAAACAGACCUCCCGGGUGCCUUUGGCACAUCCUGAAGAUAUGGAUUCUUCAGAUAACUACGCAGAACCCAUUGACACAAUUUUCAAACAGAAGGGCUAUUCUGAUGAGAUUUAUGUUGUCCCAGAUGAUAGUCAGAAUCGAAUUAUUAAAAUUCGAAACUCAUUUGUAAAUAACACACAAGGAGAUGAAGAAAAUGGAUUUUCUGAUAGAACCUCAAAAGGUCAUGGGGAACGGAGGCCUUCUAAAUAUAAAUAUAAAUCUAAAACCUUGUUUAGUAAAGCCAAGUCAUAUUAUAGAAGAACACAUUCAGAUGCAAGUGAUGAUGAAGCUUUCACUACUUCAAAAACAAAAAGAAAAGGAAGACAUCGUGGAAGUGAAGAAGAUCCACUUCUUUCUCCUGUUGAAACUUGGAAAGGUGGUAUUGAUAAUCCUGCAAUCACUUCUGACCAGGAAGUCGAUGAAAAGAAGAUGAAGAAGAAAACCCACAAAGUAAAAGAAGAUAAAAAGCAGAAAAAGAAAACUAAGAACUUCAAUCCACCAACGCGUAGAAAUUGGGAAAGUAAUUACUUUGGGAUGCCCCUCCAGGAUCUGGUUACAGCUGAGAAGCCCAUACCACUGUUUGUUGAAAAAUGUGUGGAAUUUAUUGAAGAUACAGGGUUAUGUACUGAAGGACUGUACCGUGUUAGUGGUAACAAAACUGAUCAAGACAACAUUCAAAAGCAGUUUGAUCAAGAUCAUAAUAUCAAUCUAGUCUCAAUGGAAGUAACAGUAAAUGCUGUAGCUGGAGCUCUUAAAGCUUUUUUUGCAGAUCUUCCAGAUCCUUUAAUUCCAUAUUCUCUUCAUCCAGAGCUAUUGGAAGCAGCAAAAAUCCCAGAAAAAGCAGAACGUCUUCAUGCCUUGAAAGAAAUUGUUAAGAAAUUUCAUCCUGUAAACUAUGAUGUAUUCAGAUAUGUAAUAACACAUCUAAACAGGGUUAGUCAGCAAAAUAAAAUCAACCUAAUGACAGCAGACAACUUAUCCAUCUGUUUUUGGCCAACCCUGAUGAGACCUGAUUUUGAAAAUCGAGAGUUUCUGUCUACCACUAAGAUCCAUCAAUCUGUUGUUGAAACAUUCAUUCAACAGUGUCAGUUUUUCUUUUACAAUGGAGAAAUUGUAGAUACUGGGAACACUGUGGCUCCUCCACCACCUUCAAAUCCAGGACAGUUGGUUGAAUCAAUGGUACCCCUCCAGUUACCACCACCAUUGCAACCUCAGCUGAUACAACCACAAUUACAGACGGAUCCUCUUGGUAUUAUAUAAAUAGAAAUUGAUUGCAGACAGCCUGAAAUUGGAAAAAAAGCAAAUCUACACAUGCAUGUUUCAGGGUUCAGUAGAAUACUUCAUGUUUCGUACAGAUAAUUCACAUUCAAAAUGAUGAGACAUUUUCUCUCUGAACUGUAUGGUAUUCCUCAUUCACUUACAUUACAAAUCUAAGACCAUGUGGUAAGCAUGACUGGAGAGGUUUAAUUUUUAUAAACAAAAAUAGCUAUAAAAUACAAAGCUACUGCUGCAUGCAACCUUAUUGCAAUCAGUAUAUCAUUCCUGUGGCAAUUUCUGUCACAUUAUAUUGUGAAUAAAAUUUUUCUAUAGAAAUUGAUUUAAAAACUCACAUAUAUGAAACAUAUAAUGCUUUUCAGCCUGCUUUAUGGCUGGUUUUGUUAUUUGAUGUGCUAAUUUGGACAACUUAAUUUACAUUCUAGCAGUCUGCAUAGAUAACUAAAAGCCCAGUUAAAUAUUUCUUAAUUUCAGGCUACUUAAUGCCAUGCUUGGGAUGUUGUUUAAAAGAAAGAAAAAUUAUACAGCAUAUUUUACAUUUCUAUACCUUCAUCAUUAAUUCUGAGUAAACCUGUGGAUGAUUUGAUGAGGGAUAAAUGAACCUAUUUCUUUUAUGAACAUACCAAGGACAUGUUUGUGGCUAAAGUGAGUUGAUAAUGUUGUGCAAAGGAUAGUUGUCACCAACUCAUUUCUUUAUGGUCCAUAAUGAAAUAAACAUUUUGUAUACGGUUAAUUCUGUAAACAGAUGCAUGUUCAAAAGAUCUAUGAUGGUCUUGUAAUCUUAAUCUAAUAUAUUUUAGAUAUUUUAAUUUUUCCCUCUUGGGGAAUACAUUUAGUAUAGUGUAGAGAAAUACUUCAUGACAUUUUCAUAUAAGGUUAUAUAACUUUUCAUAAACAUGGAAUUUGUUGUAGAAAAUUCUUUAAACCAAACAUUUUAAUCUAGGACUUCAAUUUAAUCUGUUCCUUGAAUCUAUUUUUAUGUGGCCCUUAGAAACAUAUCCAAAAAAUCCAUUGCUAAUAUAGCAAUAAAAAUACUUUGGGUACUGACAGACUCCUUGGAGUGUGUGUAUAUAAAAUUACAAACUUGUAUUCAUAUUCUUUUCUGUGAUGUGUUGUACUAAAAUCCAAAAUGGCUUUUACACCAUUUUUUAAACCAAUUUUUUCCUUUCAUGUUGGUACCAGAGUUGCUAUAAAUCACUGCUGCUUUUGGGGUUAAAUAUUUUGUUAGUGAAGAUACAACCAGAGCACUAAAUUAUGGAAAAAAUUUUGGAAUAGAUGGCACAGGUAAAUUUUGUUAGGCUUUAUUCAAAAUUCUUUAAUUAUCAAACCAUGCCAUUUUUUUUUCCUGAAAAAAGGAAAUGGUUUGUAUUUCAUUGCUACAUCAUAUUUUAUGUAGUAAAGAAUAAAUUUUUUUUGAUCAAUGUUGUAAUCUUCAUCCAUACUGGAAUUUUAAGGUUAUCUUACAUGUAUGAUAGUAAAUAGAUGAUUUUGAGAUUCAAGGCUCCUAAGAGUUUGAUUUGCUCCAUUUGUUUUCUAAAAUAUUCUUUCCUAACUGUUAUGUCCUAGGUAUUGUACUUCCAAUUUUAACUUCAGAACCAAGAUGUUGACAUGAACCAGGCUGCUGUUGAAGUACAUGUAUAUUAUAAAUUAUCUUAUUUGUGUUAUACUCUUACAUGUUAUUAUCUUUUCUAAGAAAACAAAGUCCCUAUUAUUCCUAUUGCAAAGCACACAGGAAUUAAGAAAGUACAGUAAUUUUAAAAAAAAAAAAUCCGGUAAAUGUAGUAUUCUUAACUUGUUCUAUAUUACUUAUACCUAUUGUCUAUAUAGCUUUAAUUUAUAGCUGUCAGUUUAACAUUGGCAUGUCUGGCAAAGAAAAUUAAACUUUAAGAGUUUUAUAAACUGUUUCUAGGUUGCUAAAGAAUUUAUUUUUCUACUAUAUAUGGUAUAGACAAAGCAUCAAACUAUGUACAGGAAAAAAGCCUGACUAUUUCUAUUGGAAGUAGGCUGAAAAGAAUUUUCAGAACUGUUCGUGUCUGGUCCAUUCUGUCAUAACUUUGCUAUUGUAAUAUGUGAAUCCCAGUUUAUUUAAGCUAUUCUCUUUUAUACUGUGUUAAUUUAACAUUCAUCUGCAUUUAGUAUCAUUUUUGUUAUUAAAAUUAGCAUUUACCAUUUUUCAUAUGAACUCCCUUACACCUUUCCCAAAUCUUAUCUCUACUUUUCUAUGCAUUUCUAUUGUUGAUUUGACUCACUUCAUAGUGAGUCAUUUUAAAUAUUCUACAUUUGGUUCAAUCAACCAGUAGGUUACAGUUUUUGAAAAUUAAAGUACGGUUUAAAGCUCAGUCUGUUACACUGAAUUGAUUGUGUUUGUUUUUGCCAAGGGUUUAGAUAUGUUUUUAAAUAUUAGCAAAAUAAUUCUAAAGACAAAAUAACAAAUUAAUCUUUCUUCUGGUAAGUUACUAGAAGAUUUCACUGUUUAGGGACGUAUCAUAUAUGAGACUUCUUAAAGGAUUUAAAGAAUAGUAGAUAGUCUCAUUAUUAUGGGUAAAUAUAAGGCAUUAUAUUUUAAAAUAUGAAAUAAAAUUCCACCUACACAUGUUGCCAUUGUUUCAUUUAAAGUUCAAUGCUUAACAGUUACUACAAUAUUGGAUUUAACAGUAUCUAGAUUAGCAAUAUAAAGAAGCAUAGUGGUAUUCUAUUUCAAACUUUCAGUAGAUUUUUUAGAAGUCAGAUACUAUUCACGGAUACUUAUUAGAAUAUACAAAUAAUUUUAGAACAAAAUUCCAGACACACAACAUAUUUCUGUUUGAAAUGGUACUUAGUAGUACUUUUUUCCCCCUUAACAUUUACAAUGUAAAUACUGUAGGUAACAGCAAUCUAACUUAGCCAAAAAGCAGCUUUUAUUUUCCAUACCAAAUGUAAAUAAUGUAGACCUUUUGGUUUUGUUUUUUGUUUGUUUGUUUGUUUGUUUGUUUUGAGGUACUGGAAUCUAAUUUCUAAUAUCUCUUAGAUAAAAAGGGAUUGAUUGGAAUAAGAACUUAGGCCUUAGCUUCCAUGGUGAAUUUUAGUUUUUUAUACAGUAAUAAUUGUGAUGCUAUUUGUCAACUGGAUAUAAAUAUAUAUAUAAUUUUAAAAAGUCAAA